UGACGUCACGCCGGUUCCGAGAAUUGUUUGAUUGGUAUCACGGUUCAUCGAAAAGGCACCGUGACACUAGCUGUACUUGAAAGAUUUUUACCGACAGCCGCUGGCUGAACACACAACAUGACAGAUUUAGUUAUUAACACAAUGGCAGAAAAGAAAGUGAUUCUCGUCACUGGUGGAACAGGGCUGAUUGGAGAGGCUAUAAAGACCAUUGUUGAAAGGGAAGGUCGUAAGCCUAAUGAAGAAUGGGUCUUUGUGUCAUCCAAAGAGGCAGACUUGGCAAAUAAAGAACAAACAAAAGCUUUGUUUGCUAAAUACAAACCCACCCAUGUGAUUCAUUUGGCUGCCAUGGUGGGAGGACUGUUCAGAAAUCUCAAAUACAACUUGGAUUUUCUCAGAACCAAUAUCCAGAUCAAUGACAAUGUUCUACAGACUGCGUUUGAACACAAUGUCAAGAAAGUUGUGUCCUGCUUGUCGACCUGCAUUUUUCCAGACAAAACAACAUACCCUAUUGAUGAAACAAUGAUACACAAUGGACCCCCUCAUAGCAGCAAUUUUGGCUACUCCUAUGCAAAACGCUUGAUUGAUGUUCAGAACAGAGGCUACCAUCAACAACAUGGUUGUCACUUCACUGCUGUUAUACCCACCAAUGUGUUUGGUCCCCAUGACAACUUCAAUCUGGAGGAUGGACAUGUGCUCCCUGGUUUAAUACACAAAGUGUAUGAAUCAAAGAAAAAUGGGACUCCAUUUGUAAUAUGGGGCACCGGAUCUCCAAGACGGCAGUUUAUUUACUCCCUAGACUUAGCACGGCUUUUUCUCUGGGUUCUAAGGGAGUACCAAGAAAUAGAUCCCAUCAUUCUGUCAGUGGGUGAAGAAGACGAAGUGUCGAUCAAAGAAGCUGCUGAUAUGGUUAUUGAGGCCAUGGACUUCAAGGGAGAAGUGGUUAUGGAUACCACUAAAUCCGAUGGUCAGUUCAAGAAAACGGCAAGCAAUGCAAAACUGAUGAAACUGAAUCCCGACUUCAAGUUUACACCAAUAAAACAAGCCCUGAAAGAGACAGUUGACUGGUUUGUAAAGAACUACGAUAUAGCAAGGAAGUAAAUUUGCUAGAAUGAGUUCUGUGGGACUACUAUGUGUUACUUGUGCUUGGUUUCCUGUUUUCUAUGCACCGGUGUAGACUGUAGUACAAUCACUGUAUUUGGAAAUCCAUUGACAGACUGUAGUUAAUGAAUUACUGUUAGUAUGUUGUAUUGUUAGGAUUUUGUUUGUACCAGGAGAUACCAGGUGGAUUCUCCGGAUACUCGAGCUAUUGCUUCUUAGCCUGUGUGCCAUAGCUCAUGUGUUGUGACAGAGUUCCUAAUUAAUGUGUCAUGAUAUUCAGCACUGUUGUUACUCAGAAAGAAGUUUUAUUAAUUUAAUGAGCUAUUGUACUUAAAUGUGUUAAAUUAUUUACAAUGUCCUCAUGCAGAGGAAAAAGGUUAUUUACCUACAUGUAUAUGGUAAUGAAGGAAUGUGAUAGUUCUGACAUGAUAUUUAAUUAUAAUGACCAUGACCCUAUUGUCUUGUUUAUUAGGAUUGACCCUACAAAUUGAUAAGUCUACCUAUAAUCACUAUUUGGUACCUUUUUUGUGUAUGUACAUAUGAAAACAAACGUCAGUCCCAUUGUAUUUACAUCUAAACUGGAGGAACAAUUACCGUUAACAUUUUUCGUGACAGUUGAAUAAUGAAUUUUAUAAUCAAUCAUCACAAGGACAGAGCUCCACCUAUCAGUUUUCAGUUGUCUUGAUCACUGGAACAUCGUUACCACAUGAUCAUGGUCUGUACACAGACAAAAAAAUAGCUUUUUUCCCCCUUUUAUUCUUGAUUAAAUCA